CGGCCGAGGAUAUAUUAUAUCGAAAUAGCAGUUUUUGGAAGGAGCAUAGAAGAGACGAGGUAGAGAGAAUGGAUCAUCUGAAGGCGGUGGGGAAAGCGAUAAAGAACAGUCCACGAGCUCUACGGAAGAAGUUUGUCCACGUCGACCAUCACGAGCGUGAGUCUGAACGCCGCCUUCAGCCAUAAAGUUACGUAGAGCGGACGGUUAGAUACGUAGGUAUCUCUCUAGUAUACACACAUAGCAUAAUGUGCAUUAGCUAGCCACCCAGCUAGACGCAUAUGGAGCUUGCACUGGUGCGGCGAAUGGCCAAUUCUCUACGAGGUCCCUGGUCCAGGGAAUUGAACUCAUUUUUGCACUGCUAAUCUAACAGUUGAAGGGACGCGCGUCAACCAGUCUUUGUUGGUGUUCUGCGGAGCCUGAAACCGAUUAGAAAGCACUGUCACCGGUCUGUGACAACUACAAGCCUCCAUUAGCUCUAUACUUCACGUGUGUACGUGUUUGUAGUAGUACCACAAGCUACUGUAACUAAACAAGGGCUGGUGCUGUAUAUUUACGUUUCUCUAGAUUUGGACGAAGACUGGUACCACUCUGAAGACCCGGUCAAUGCAGGAGUCACUUUCUUUGUCAAGUAUCUUGGCUGUACGGGUGUGACGCGGACACACGGUACCGGAUCCACUGACGAAGCAGUCAAAACCAUCGUCCAGGAUGCCAAAGCAAGAGGAGGCAAACUCCAGAAGGUCCAAAUAACUGUCUCGUCAAAGUUUGUCCGACUCAUCGACGUGCAACUUCAGAUGAAGCUUGACGAGCUACCCUUGUACAGAGUGUCCUACUGCACCGUUGAUCCAUACUACGACAAGGUCUUCUGUUACAUAUCACGAAAUGCCGAGACCAAGGGACUCGAGUGCCACGCCUUCCUCUGCACUAAAAAGUCAAAGGCGGAGGCCAUUACCCUGACGGUGGCUCAAGCAUUCAACAUUGCCUUUGAGAGGUGGCAGGCCUCUAAAAAGCGAGCGGCUCAAAAGGCACCAUCGACAGGUAUAGACAUUGGUGACAGAGCGACAGCUACAACCGCCUCAAAAGCAGCCGACACACCCAACGGAACUUCAGGUGCAGCUCGGAAGACCACACCCCCAAUACAAGUAGCCACGCCCACCCUUGCCCCGCCUCCGUCAAACUCAAAACGGGUCACCCCCUCCCCUCCUCCUCCCAACACAAACAACGACCCCGUCCUCAAUAUUGACGUGACGGCCCCCACGAACCCCCCACCCCCUGUGGUCUAUCAUGUACCGGUGGAGAGGAGAUCUUCUCGGGACGACAGCCACCUCAAUAUUGGUCCACUGGCGGUCAAGUCAACCAUUGCCAAAGCCGUCAGCUUGGACUAUCUCCAACUGGAGGACAAUUUCGACAUGGAGUUUACUCGCCUUGCGGAGGCUCGCUCCAAUCCUCGCCUGCCCAUCGGGGACCAUAUAAGGUCAUCGAGGUUCGAAGACGACGUGGCAGGCUUUCUGCAGGGGGAGCGUUCGUCCAAAGACGUUAUGCAAACACGCUCAGUCGACGACCUCCUUGACUUGUGAAUUUUAAAACCAGGAGUUUGUUUUUUUCCUUUUUUUUCUGAGUCGUUUUUCAUGAACUGCUUUUGUGUGUUUCUCUUUAAAAGUGCAUGAAUCAUUCUCUUUAUUUUUACCAUUUUGUGUCACUAAAAUUAGCUACGUGUUGGUGUCUGAUUUUUUUGAAGUGGCUCUGUUUUUUGUGUAGUUUUUCUGGAUUUCCCCAGGAGCUCCUUUUUUUCUCUCUUCCUUCUCUCUCUUUCUCGCUUCCUUUUUCUUGUGAAAUGUCCUGCUGGGCCUGACCCCUUCUUCAGACACGCCCACUUUCUUUGCCGUUUUAUUUUCCCCACCGUUAUCCUUGCCGUCUCUACGUCUGAUUUCAGUCUUUGACUGUUCGAACCUUUUUCUCGCAGGAUCGCUCUUUUUCACUCGUGCCCCACCAACUCUUCUCCCCGCUCUUUUCCUUGUGACAGUUUUCACUGCUUCUGCAGCCGUCUUGACUUGCGUCCCCGAAAACUGUGCGACAGAACCGGCAGCUCUGUGUGUCCGACUCGUGUCCUUACUUUUCAUCACUCGCAGUUUCUGACCGUUCAACUCCGUCUUUCGGCUGCUCUGCAGUGCAAACAUCACUCCACUCCUGUCGCUGUAGGUCACAAACCCAAACCCCUUCCCGAUUCCGGUUUUCUGUUCUCGUACGACUCGCACCGAUUCCACGUCCCCGUACUUCUCAAACGCCGUUCGGAAUUCUUCAUCGUCGACUCCAUAAGGGAGCCCUCCGACAAAGACGGAUCUCUCGUGGAUGUGUUCUCUUCCUCCAGUCGCCACAUCUACUCUGAUGUGCCGAUCGCCAACCGAUGCUCCGUUCAGCUCUAGAGCUUUCCUAGCACUUUCCUCCUCUGUGUAAACCACAUAAGAGUUUAUGGUUGAGCUCGAUAUCUGCUCCUGUUUUCGUUUCGCCACCCGCACUGGAAGACGUCCCUUCUCCACCACAAUAGAGCGAAGUCUCACGCUUUCAACCUUCCCGUGCUGGCUAAACAGCUGCUUCAGUCUCCUCCGAGUGAUGGUCGGCGGUAAGUUGCCCACAAACACGGUUCUCUCCUUCCGAGGGUCUUCCGCGUGUCUCUUACGUCUGCCGUACUCCGUCUUCACGCCUGGUGUUUUGCUUUCACCAGCUCCGCCGUCUUCCUUUUCCUUCGCAGUCUUGUCUGUGGGUAUUUGGAGGCGCGGUCUUCCAGUCUUGUCCGUCUCUAGCACCUUAAACUGUGGAGUCACAGCUCUGUAGCCUGAAAAGAGCUCCUCCAUCUCUUUCCCACGCGAGGAUGUUUCAAAA